AGCGGUUUGGCCUCGGCGUCUGAAAGAGGAAGAAGAAGGAGAACGCAAGAGAAUUUAGCCAUGUCUGGAAGAGGAAAGGGAGGCAAGGGUCUUGGAAAGGGAGGAGCAAAGCGUCAUCGUAAGGUUCUGAGGGAUAACAUUCAAGGUAUUACCAAGCCGGCGAUUCGUCGUCUCGCAAGGCGUGGUGGAGUUAAGCGUAUCAGCGGUCUCAUCUACGAAGAAACCCGUGGUGUUCUCAAGAUCUUCCUCGAGAACGUCAUUCGCGAUGCAGUCACCUACACUGAGCACGCUCGUCGUAAGACCGUGACUGCCAUGGAUGUUGUCUACGCCUUGAAGAGGCAGGGUAGGACUCUUUACGGUUUUGGAGGUUUCGCAUCUUGGCUUUGUUUAAGAGGGAGUGGGAAAGAGAGAAGAAUCAAAUCAAACAUGUCUGGAAGAGGAAAGGGCGGUAAGGGUCUCGGAAAGGGGGGAGCGAAGCGUCACCGUAAGGUUCUGAGGGAUAACAUCCAAGGUAUCACCAAGCCGGCUAUUCGCCGUCUCGCCAGGCGUGGCGGUGUGAAGCGUAUCAGCGGUCUCAUCUACGAGGAAACCCGUGGUGUUCUCAAGAUCUUCCUCGAGAACGUCAUUCGCGACGCCGUGACCUACACUGAGCAUGCUCGUCGCAAGACUGUGACCGCCAUGGAUGUUGUUUACGCCUUGAAGAGGCAGGGCAGGACUCUUUAUGGUUUCGGAGGUUAGAGAUUUAGGUAUUUGGGGGGGAAUUUUACGAAUUAGGGCUUUUGGUUUCGCUUUCUCUGUGCAACUAUUGUUGAUGUGAAGAAGUGAUAUAUGGCGCCUCUUGAAUUAUAAUUAUAACAAUUUCAACAAUGUACUUCUUUUGAAUGAUUAACUUUACUGUUAUAGUCUGCCAUUCAUGAUCUGGUCACUAUUUCGCGAA